AUGGCUCUUUCUAGCUGUCCCUGGAUCCAAAUAUAUCUGGAACGACUUCUAGCAUGUCUUACAUCAAAAGUAGAAAACACAUUAGACAUGAAAUCAUUGCAAAAUUCUCUUCCAUUAUCUGUAUGUAAAAGAAAGCAGUGCCCACUUGACAUAAAAAUAGGUCUAAUUGCAGAAAUUACAGAUGAAGCGACUUUAACUCGAAAAGGAACUGUCCAUAUAAACUUAGAAAAUGAGUCUAUGACGACAAGCAUCAACAUAUACCCAUCAUUUACUUUUCUAAAAUCUGUUAGAUCGGCAAUAUAUCGUUUUAUGGGAAGUCUGGCAAUAAUGGGUCUUAUAACAUGUCUUGUAAUCAUCUCUUUUCGCGAUCGACAAAUUUCACAGGAACUCAGUACUUCAAAACCCUCAUCUCGCAAAACUCCAUAUAUUAUUGAUUUACAUAAAUUAUAUAGCCUGUCUCAAACAGCAUGUCCAUUACUAACAUAA